AUCAUAUCCUUAUUUUCCACGACAGAUCUUGACGACAGUAUAUGCAAAGGAUAUAUAAAGAUGAUAACCAAUAUAGUAAUAUUGAGCCUGAUCGUUUCUAUUUCAUUAGUAUUUUGGAUUAUGUCUAUGACUGCAAGUACCUAUUAUGGUAACUUGCGGCCUAUUUCUCCUUGGCGUUGGCUAUUUUCUGUUGUUGUUCCUGUUUUGAUUGUCUCUAAUGGUUUUAAAAAGAAAAGUUUAGAUCACAGUGGAGCUUUAGGAGGACUGGUGGUUGGAUUUAUCCUAAGUAUUGCAAAUUUCAGCUUUUUUACCUCUUUGCUGAUGUUUUUCGUUUCUUCUUCGAAACUCACUAAAUGGAAGGGAGAAAUAAAGAAGCUUAUAGAUUCAGAAUAUAAAGAAGGUGGGCAGAGGAAUUGGGUCCAGGUGUUCUGUAAUGGUGCUGUACCCACUGAGCUGGCUCUGCUGUACAUGAUAGAAAAUGGCCCUGGAGAAAUCCCAAUAGACUUUUCCAAGCACUACACUGCUUCUUGGAUGUGUCUAUCUCUCCUGGCUGCACUCGCUUGUUCUGCUGGAGACACAUGGGCCUCAGAAAUUGCCCCCGUUCUGAGUAAAAGCUCUCCAAGACUGAUAACAACCUGGAAGAAAGUUCCAGUUGGGACCAAUGGAGGAGUUACAUUAGUGGGCCUUGCCUCCAGUCUCCUUGGUGGUACCUUUGUGGGCAUCAUAUACUUCUUCACACAAUUGACUUUUGUAAAUGAUUUAGACAUUUCGGCUCCUCAGUGGCCAAUUAUUGUAUUUGGGGGCCUGGCUGGAUUACUAGGAUCAAUUCUGGACUCAUAUUUAGGAGCUACAAUGCAGUUUACUGGUUUUGAUGAAAGUACAGGGAUGGUGGUCAACAGUCCAACGAAUGAGGCGAAGUAUAUAGCAGGGAAACCUAUUCUUGAUAACAAUGCAGUGAAUCUGUUUUCUUCUGUCCUUAUUGCUCUCUUGCUCCCAACAGUUGCCUGUGGCUUGUGGCCCAGGGAGUGA